GAUUCCAAUAGAAAUUGUUUUCAAAUCUUUAAUGUCAGAAUACAAAGUUUUUCGAAUUUCCUAUAGUUUCAAAGAAAUAGCGACCUAUAGCGUUAGAUCAAAAGAAGUUACCCGUGAACGAAUUCUUUAUUCUACGAAAGAUCAAUCAGUUCCUUGUUGUGAAGGAACUUGGACUAAGAAUGAAAAAAUAUUGAUUUCAAGAUCUUCGUGUUUAGCCGAUUCAGAGAGUGGGCAAAUUCGAAUUCGACAUGAACUAAAUUUUAGCAUCAUUAUUUUAAACGAAAAGGAGAUGCAAUUUACCGAACUUCGUAAUUCUUUGCCGAUUGUCAUUACAUGCCCGAUUAGUAGUAACGAUGAUAUAGGACUUCCUGCAUACGAUUAUCACUGUUUGGACAAAGGAGUCCCCGAAGAUUCGUCUUUAUAUUCAGAUACGAAUUCACCAACGACGGAAUUACUAAACAAUUUUUGUGAAUUAGAUAACAGAGAACUAAAUUCUUUACCUUCUUAUGAUAGUAUAUCUUCUUUAAUACCUACUCCUGUUAUUGAUACUACAUUACCACCAUUCUAUGUUCUAUAA